AUGGUUCCAGUAUACUAUGGACAGAAGGAGGGACCAUGUGUGGCUCCAGAUCCAGAUAGUGUCAGAGUGUCUCACCUGUUUAUGCCCCGCCCUCAUGUGUCUCACCUGUUUAUGCCCCGCCCUCAUGUGUCUCACCUGUUUAUGCCCCGCCCUCAUGUGUCUCACCUGUUUAUGCCCCGCCCUCAUGUGUCUCACCUGUUUAUGCCCCGCCCUCAUGUGUCUCACCUCUUUAUGCCCCGCCCUCAUGUGUCUCACCUCUUUAUGCCCCGCCCUCAUGUGUCUCACCUGUUUAUGCCCCGCCCUCAGUGUCUCACCUGUUUAUGCCCCGCCCUCAUGUGUCUCACCUGUUUAUGCCCCGCCCUCAUGUGUCUCACCUGUUUAUGCCCGCCCUCAUGUGUCUCACCUGUUUAUGCCCCGCCCUCAUGUGUCUCACCUGUUAUGCCCCGCCUCAGUGUCUACCUGUUUAUGCCCCGCCCUCAGUGUCUCACCUGUUUAUGCCCCGCCCUCAGUGUCUCACCUGUUUAUGCCCCGCCCUCAGUGUCUCACCUGUUUAUGCCCCGCCCUCAGUGUCUCACCUGUUUAUGCCCCGCCCUCAGUGUCUCACCUGUUUAUGCCCCGCCCUCAGUGUCUCACCUGUUUAUGCCCCGCCCUCAGUGUCUCACCUGUUUAUGCCCCGCCCUCAGUGUCUCACCUGUUUAUGCCCCGCCCUCAGUGUCUCACCUGUUUAUGCCCCGCCCUCAUGUGUCUCACCUGUUUAUGCCCCGCCCUCAUGUGUCUCACCUGUUUAUGCCCCGCCCUCAUGUGUCUCACCUGUUUAUGCCCCGCCCUCAUGUGUCUCACCUGUUUAUGCCCCGCCCUCAGUGUCUCACCUGUUUAUGCCCCGCCCUCAUGUGUCUCACCUGUUUAUGCCCCGACCUCAUGUGUCUCACCUGUUUAUGCCCCGCCCUCAUGUGUCUCACCUGUUUAUGCCCCGCCCUCAGUGUCUCACCUGUUUAUGCCCCGCCCUCAUGUGUCUCACCUGUUUAUGCCCCGCCCUCAUGUGUCUCACCUGUUUAUGCCCCGCCCUCAUGUGUCUCACCUGUUUAUGCCCCGCCCUCAGUGUCUCACCUGUUUAUGCCCCGCCCUCAUGUGUCUCACCUGUUUAUGCCCCGACCUCAUGUGUCUCACCUGUUUAUGCCCCGCCCUCAUGUGUCUCACCUGUUUAUGCCCGCCCUCAUGUGUCUCACCUGUUUAUGCCCCGCCCUCAUGUGUCUCACCUGUUUAUGCCCCGCCCUCAUGUCCUUAGGGGAUGUAGUCAGUCUGAGGAGGCGUGGUCAGUCUAAAGGGGGGUGUGGUCAGUCUGAGGAGGCGUGUCUGAGGGGCGUGAUCAGUCUAAAGGGGGUGUGGUCAGCAUUAGGGGGUGUAGUCAGCCUGAGGGGGCGUGUUCAGUCUGAAGGGGGUGUGGUCAGCCUGAGGGGGUGUGUUCAGUCUGAAGGGGGUGUGGUCAGCCUGAGGGGGCGUGUUCCCCGUCUGAAGGGGGUGUUGGUCAGCCUGAGGGGGCGUGUUCAGCCUGAGGGGGCGUGUUCAGUCUGA